CCAAACUAAACCCACAGUUCGCGUUCUGUCUUAAUGCGGGAAGGACGUAUGCUAUAUGGAAUGUAUAAUUUUUUUGUGCAUAUCAAAUUGUUUAAAAUCCUUAAAAUACCUUAAGUUUCUUGAUUAUAUUGACGAGAAGUGACUUUGCCGUGAGAAUUGUGAAGAAAGAAGAUUGUUUCGUGUAAAAAUACAGGUGAUCGUGUGAUGGCUCUCUGAUCCACCAUGAUGAAGCGAACAGGCGUCCCCCGGCUGGCCCCGGAUGAGCCUGCCCCGCUGCCUCAGUCACCUGCCCAGAUGCAGCAAGCUGGCGCAAGCAAUAUGCACACUCUGGCCCAAUCGGCCCAACCACAAAUACUGGGUCCCGCCGCCAUGCUAUCCGUGGGCGGGUACGCCCGCGGCGCGCGGCCCGCCGGCCCGGCGCCGCCCGUCAUCAACUACAUGAAGGCUGGCGUGCAGUACCCCAAGCAGCCGCCCCAGCCUCAGCAGCCACCUUUGCGGCACAAGCUGGUCCCUGCGCCUGGCGGGCAGCAGCUGCCGCUGGCGCCGGCGGGGGUGGGCGUGGGUGCGGGGGUGGGAGCAGGACGGCAGUCCCCGCCGGGCGCGCUGCCCGCGGGCGCUCCGCCGCCGCCGGGCGCGCAGUUCCAGCGCCUCAAGGUCGAGGACGCUCUCUCCUACCUCGACCUGGUCAAAUACAAGUUCAACACGCAGCCCCAGGUCUACAACGACUUCCUGGACAUCAUGAAGGAGUUUAAGAGUCAGACAAUUGACACGCCCGGCGUCAUCACCCGGGUGUCGAACCUGUUCAAAGGGCACCCGGAGCUCAUAGUUGGGUUCAACACCUUCCUGCCCCCUGGAUACAAGAUCGAGGUUCAAAGUAACGGCCAGGUGUCAGUGUCGAUGCCGUCGCCGACCGGGCUGGGCGGCGGCGUGCUGCUGGGCGUGGGCAGCGUGGGUCCGCAGCCCGCGCACCACCCGCCCGCCCAGCUGGUGCACCUGCUGCCCGUCGCGCAGUCAGUGAGCAACGCCAUAGUACACAAUCUGUCUGUCAGUGCGACGCCCGCGAACACGCUGCAUCAUAUAUCUCAGGCGCACCAACAGAUUGAGGCGGCCAUACACCAUGCGCCUGGCACCGUGGCGCCGCCCGCCGGCUCGGGGCCUCACGCCGCGCCCGCGCCGCCCGGCCAGCCCGUCGAGUUCAACCACGCUAUCGAAUAUGUCAACAAGAUUAAGUCGCGGUUCUCCCGCCAACCGGACAAGUACAAGCGAUUCCUGGAGAUACUACAUGCGUAUCAGAGGGGCCAUAGAGACGUGAAGGAGCCCCAAGCUAAACAGCAGACGGAGCAAGAAGUGUAUUCGCAGGUGGCGAAGCUGUUCGAGAACCAGGACGACCUGCUAGCGGAGUUCGGCCAGUUCCUGCCGGACGCUAAGGCGGUCACCAAACCGCACUACCCGCCGCACCCGCGCACGCCUCCGCUCAUGCCGCCCCAGCAACGCCCCGAGCCGGAACCCGAGCGCUUCCUGCCCGCGCCGGCGCCGUCGCCGCCGCACGCGGCGCCGCCGCAGCAUCUGUUGCCGCAGCAGGUGCCGAAACACACGAGCGCUGUGUCGAGCAGCGCUCCGCCGCCGCAGCACCUGAAGCGAUCACCCAGCUUCACCUCCUCUACUCAGAUGCCUGUAGGCCUCCCGCCGCCCAAGAAGUCCCGUCUAUCGUCUCUGACCGGCGGCAUGGUGCGCGACGUAUCUUACGCCGAGGCCGCCAAGUACGGCACCCAGCAGGAAUACAACUUCUUUGACAGAGCUCGUCGGGCGCUCAGGUCACAGGAGGUCUAUGACAACUUCCUUAGAUGCCUGCUACUCUUCACCAACGAGAUCAUCUCGUCCUCGGAGCUCGUAUCCGUGACGUCACCGUUCUUGUGCCGUCACCCAGAAUUGCACAAGUGGCUGCAGGACUUCGUGGGGCCCGUAUCGCCCCCCUCCACCCCCACUCAGCCUACCUCCGGCUAUAACAACAGCUAUGGCAUGUCAAGCAACAGCCUGUUGGGCUUCGAGCGCGAGCGUGAGCGGGAGCGGUUGGACCGCGAGCGCUCACUGGACAACAAGGCGUCCGUGCGCUACGAGCCGAUUGGCCCGCUCGGCGCGCAGCUGCGCCACGAUAGGCCGCAGGGCGACGCUGCACUUGAUAUCGACCUGUCGACGUGCAAGCGGCUGGGCACGUCGUACUGCGCGCUGCCGCGCGAGGCGGCCGCGCGCCGCUGCUCCGGCCGCACGCCGCUCUGCAAGGAGGUCCUGAACGAUACUUGGGUGUCCUUCCCUACGUGGAGCGAGGAUUCUACGUUCGUGACGUCACGCAAGACGCAGUAUGAAGAGUACAUCUAUCGGUGCGAAGAUGAGAGAUUUGAGCUGGACGUCGUAAUUGAAACCAACGCGGCCACCAUCCGCGUGCUCGAGGGCGUGCAGAAGAAGCUCUCCCGAAUGACGGCGGACGACGCGGCCAAGUACCGGCUCGACGACUGCCUCGGCGGCCACUCCGCCACCAUCCACCAGCGGGCGCUGCGACGCAUCUACGGCGAGAAGGUGGCGGUGGACAUAAUAGCGGGGCUGAAGAAGAACCCCGUGGUGGCCGUGCCCGUCGUGCUGCGCCGGCUCAAGGCCAAGGAGGAGGAGUGGAGGGAGGCGCAGAAGGGUUUCAACAAGCAAUGGCGCGAGCAGAACGAAAAGUACUACCUGAAGUCGCUCGACCACCAGGGCAUCAACUUCAAGCAGAACGACCUGAAGGCCAUGCGCUCCAAGUCGCUCUACAACGAGGUGGAGAGCGCGUAUGCGGCCAGGAAACCCGGCCCGCAUCUAGUGGUGGACUAUCAUAUGAAGAACCGGCAGGAAGCUAUCAAAGUGGUCCGCGACGCCGCCGAGCUCCUGAUCCACCACGCGCGGCGUCAGACCGGCAUACAGAAGGCGGAGAAGCGCCGCAUCAAGCAACUGCUGAGACACUUCCUGCCGGACCUGUUCGCGCAUCCUCGGCAGCCGCUCUCCGACGACGAGAGAGAUGAAGAAGAGAAAGAGGAGCCUUCGAGCCCGGCCGGGAGCCCUACGGCCGAGACCGCGGCUGAAGACAAAGCCGUCAAACAAGAGAAACAAGAGUCGUCAGAAUCCGACAACGCGUCGGACAAGUCGUCGCGCCACCACAAGAAUGACAAGGAGAACAAGCCGAAGAACAACAACCACGAGCCGCGCACCGACAAACUAGAGGCCAAGGACGAGGACGACCUUAGAGACCAUCCGCCUAACGAGGCACGGUUCGUGUGCACGAUGUCUUGGUACAUCUUCCUGCGGCUGCACGGCAUCCUGUGCCAGCGGCUCGGGGCGCUGCGCCGCGACGCGCUGCAGCUGGCGGAGCGCGAGGCCCGAGAGCGCGCGCAGCGCCGCCCCAGCGUCGCCGCCGCGCUGCGCCUCAAGCCCAACAAUCUUCCAGCGGACGCGUCAUCCCCCGCAGACUACUACCCUGCGCUACUAGAACUAGUCCGCGGCGUCCUAGACGGCAACACCGAGGCCACGGCGUACGAGGACGCCGCCCGUGAGAUGUUCGGCAUACACGCCUACCCCGCCUACACGCUCGAUAAGCUUGUGUGGAACGCCGUGCGACAGCUGCAGCGCUGCGUGUCGGAGCCGUGGUCGCUGCGCGCGGCGGAGCUGGCGGCGCGCGGCGGCAUGCGCGGCGCGCUGUCCUACGUGCGGAGAGCGCAGCGCUUCCUGCACAAGGACCACACCGCCUUCCUCAUCAAACUGUACGGUGGUGACGAGUGUCGCGUCUCCUUUGAAUUGCUGGAGAGUGGAGGAGAGGGCCGCGCUUCCCCGCACAACGAUUCUUCGCGGUUGUCACCUACCAAUCAGUCGCGGCCGUCGGCGCCGAACGGGUCACCCGUGUCCCGCCUGGCCGCCUGGUCGCUCUACACGGAGCGCUACGCGCGCCCCGACCUGGCCCGCGCCGCCGCCGCCGCGCCCAACAAGCCCGUGUUCCUCGCCAGGAACGCCGCGCGCUGCGGCGGCGGCGGCGACAACGUGGCGCCGGGGGGCGGCGGCGCGGGGGGCGGCGUAAGGGGGAAGAGGAAACCCCACAGGAUUAUUGAUAGGAGCGAGUGCACGCUCAGCGGCGGCAUCAGACUGGUGGCGUCGCGGCCGCACCACCUGUACCGGUCGGGGGCGCUAGCGGCCGCUCGCGCCUCGCACGCGCGUCUGCACGCCGCGCGCCGCGCCAAGUUCAAGGCGUGGCUGCAGUCCAACCCACACCGAUGAUCACACACCUUUUGAACCUACCCUUCCCCCCACUGUUCAACACUACAGUAUGUACGGUUGACGACCAAAACUUACUGUAUUACAAACAACUCAAAAACUGUAUGGUCUAAAUUUUGAUAUAGCAUGCAGGUGAUACGUUCCUGUAUGAGAAAACUACGUUUCAUGUAAGACCGAGUCAUGAUGAAAAUAGUUAAUUUUCAUCGUGCGUGCAAAAGCAUUCGUUUUUGCUUGAAAAUGGUACACAAGUACGCGUUGUUAAAUUUGAAUCUUUAUAACAAUUCAGUAUUAAAAUAAAAAGAUUUUCAAAAAGAACAGUGAGUUUUUGUUGCCAAUCGUCAAAAUGUACCCUUCAGCAUUACGGCGGGAUGAUAAUUAAAAAAACGUAAAACUUUGAUAUAAAUACGUUUUACUAUAUAAAUAUUAAUUAAUAAAAAUCCUAAUAGAUGUUUUACAAACCAGAAAGUCGAAUACCGCGUAUUCUACAAGAUAUAGUGCAUAAUUGUUUUCCAUCGUAUUUUCUCGGAAACGUUCGUAUUUUUCAUGCUACUUCACUCAACCUCAGUACUUUUUGUACCGAAACAUGUCUGAAAUAGCAUACGUUCGUGCGUUUCCGUGAAAAUACGAUGGAAAAUAAUUAUGCACUACAUUUGCCUCUUUUCACGGCCGACUGAAAUUCUAACUCAAAUUUCUACGUCUAUUGAAGGGUGUUAUAGUUUGUUCAAAACUCAUUAAUCUUAAGCCAGAGUGAGAAUAUUGUUUAUGUAAAUACGCAAAUAAUUAAAUUGAUUCUUGCCUAGCAAGCGGCUAAAUAAUAAGAAAGUCCCGCUUAUUCGCGAUUUAAUCUACUUAUUGUGAUUUCGAUGUGAUAAAGCACUUUUUAAAUAAUAUUAUCCGAAUACGCGGGACUUGGUAAUGCUAAGCGCUUUUGAAAUGUUUAUUUAUUUGAAUCCAUCAAUAUACUUUUUGUAUGCAGUUUCUUUUUAUUUUAUAUUCUCAAUGUCAAAUAAAUGUUAGAUUCUGUAGCGCGUCUGUCACAAAUGUAUAUAAAGUGUAAUAUAGAUUAUCUGUUCAAAGUCAAUUAUGUAUUUAUAUAACGGCUAUUGCCUUCAGCAUAAUAUCGAAAGCACAAGUCACUCAAAACGGAACCUUACGCCUAUGUAAAUAAGUCCACUGUUAAGGCCAGUCCGGACGGGACAAUUUUGGCCCAAUCUGAUUAAAUUGCCUCAUCAUAUCAGGUGGUGUGACGCAAAAAUGAUAUUGGCUCGCUGAUCUCACUUGAUUCAAUUUUAAGAUUUUGACCUAUCAAAUGGAGAUGAGGUCGCAAAAAUGCCAAUUUUCGACGCUAGUAUGCGCGAUUGGGGGAAUUUUUU